AUGAUGGAUACUUGCGAUCCAUCGGCUCAUACUUAUGAUGAUUCAUCAGAUCGCAGUGAAAGUAGUAAUUUUGAUUCAUCAAAUAAUCAUCAAAUAUAUAAUUAUAGUCCUAAUUUAGAUCCUAAACCACUUACUGGUUUAAAUUUGUCUAUUUGCCGUAAAACAGAUUCAAAUAUUACUAGAAAUAAAGAUGUAAGAGAUACUCAUCUGGAUAUAAGAGAUUCUCAUGGUCUUGGACAUGGACCUGGAUCUGAACGUGUUGGUCAUAAUACUAAUGAGUUAAAUUUAGAACCGACGGCUGUUGAAUCAUUAUCAUUGUGUAUUAAUCGUGAUUUGGAUAAAGAUAGUGUUUAUAGUAAUUUAUCAAAAACAAGAAGACAACAAAAAGAUGGAAUUGUUAAUUUGGCAAGUGAACGAUUGGGUAAUGUUGGUUUAUUAACUGGUAAUAGAAUUAUGGAGUCAAGUGAGUUUAGGAAUCCUAGUUUAGGACCAGUACAACGUACGAGUCCAAAUGUUGAAGCUAAUAUCAGUAAUAUUGCCGUUGAUGGCAGACGGCAUUUAUUGAAUUCGAUUGAUUUGACGCAAAAUAUUUCGGCGCUUCCUAAUCGAUUGCAAGUUAAUAUCCAUCAGCAACAGCCACAACAACAGCAACAGACAACUUCGUUUACUAUUGAUGCUAUUUUGGGGAAAAAUAACCAGAGGGAAAAAUAUCAAAGAUGCUCGACGACGAUGAGGAAAAAUUCUAGACAAGAGUGCCAUCAAGAGUUAAAAAACAAUCCAGUAUCGUCAUGCUCACGAGUUGUCAAUGAUUUAAAUUUAAACAAUCCUGGAAAAACGAAACGUGUACGGACAAUAUUCACCGCUGAACAAUUAGAACGACUUGAAGGAGAAUUUGCUCGUACUCAGUAUAUGGUUGGUCCAGAAAGACUAUAUUUAGCUCACUCAUUGCGUUUAACUGAAGCUCAAGUUAAAGUUUGGUUUCAAAAUCGUCGCAUUAAGUGGCGUAAAGUUCAUCAUGAACAGCAAACGCAACGUGUUAAUGAAUUAAGACAACGUUCACUGUCCUCAGUAGAAGACGAUGAUUGUAAAGAACCUUCUGAAGCUGGUGAAUGGUGA